AUGGACUGGUCAUUGGUGGUAGAGGGCGCCCGACCACCUUUGGAUCGGCGACCCACAGCGUGGAAUGACACUGUGGAUUUUAUGGAUAUUGCUGUCCAUGUUCAAGCUAGUGGUUUUCUUGAUGCUUGUACUAUCCAUACUUUGACUGUGGCGCACCGUCAUCUUGCACCCCAUUCCAUGGUGUUGAAUACUUGGAUUGCACCUCCAUGCAAUCCCAUCAAGAAACGACUCUAUGGUUUUGGCCAGGCUUCGAAAGACCGCGGUUGGAAUCAUGAUGUGGUUAAUCCACGGUCUAUGAUCCAUUUUGCUCGGCCAUAUCUUUCCGCUGAUGAUCAACUUACGGCAAUGCAGGCAUCUCUUGUUUGGAAAAAGUAUGCAGAGUUGCGCCCUUUUGCAUGUGUUACUUCUCUCAAGUCAUUGCAACUUCCACGUCUCUUGAUGGCUGAUGAAAAGGUUCCCACUACGUUGGAUCAACAUCAAGCAUGGCUGAAUUCAGCCGCGUUGCUACGGUUUGAUUUCAAUCAUGGUGAUUUUGUUCGCUGGCUCGGCGGUGAAUAUACCAACGAAGGGCGUGACUUCAAUCUUGAAUGGGAUGUAAUCGAAUCCCAUUUGAAGUCAAAGGUGCUCCCAUCAGAUCUUCCACCUACAAAAUUGGACAUGGCGUAUUGUAUUCAAACUGAAGGUGUUCCUCUCCGUGGACAAUGUACUACGCCUAUGGAGGCAACACUUCUACAAAACGAAUAUGAUAACCACCCAGCGGUGGGUUCUAGCUUGGCCGCGGUUGAGAAGAAAUUUGCAAAGGAGGAGUGGAACUCCUACCACAUCCACUACCUGCGAUUUGUCUAUGAAUUUCUCCCGGGCUUGGUCAUCAAUCCGAUUCGGUGCGUCUUUGAUAAAGGAAAGGGUCGAAUCUGUAUUGAUUGCUCCAAUGGUCCUAAUUCGUUAGGUUCCAUCAAUCUUUACAUUCCAUCUCCGAAAGAUGCUAUUCCCGGUGAGGAGGAUGAAUGCCCUGCAGUGUACUGCCAAUAUGCGUUUGAUCGCUUCUUGCAUCAAGUCCUCAGGAUGCGCAUCACUCGCCCAAAUGAUCCCAUUAUGGUCCAUGCGGAUGAUAUAGAAGCUGCGUUUCGAUGA